UAAAAAGAUUGUCAAAUUUUCUCCACAAAGGGGUUGUAGACUUGUAGUGAAUAGAAUUUCUCUAAACCCCUUGUUCCCUUUGUCUUCAAAAUUCAUCCUUAGAAAUGCAAAUUUUUCAUUUUUCUAACAAGACACAAUAUAAUUCCACCAAUAAAUUCAAGAAUUUCAUUAUAAUAUCAUGUUUUAGUUUCAUAAUUUAUUUUGUUUGUUCCAUUUUUCUAGCUCCAAAUAAGCAUUUUCAUACCUCAAUUUCAUUACAAAAUGAUGAAAAUAAUUUAUCAUCACAAACAAAUCUUGAUCAUGUUGUUUUUGGGAUUGCAUCAAAUGAGUUAUCUUGGGCUAAAAGAAAAGAAUAUGUUAAACUUUGGUGGAAGCCUAAACAAAAGAUGAGGGGUUGUGUGUUUCUUGAAAAAAUACCACAUUUUUCAUCAAAUGAUACAAAUGAUGAUGAAUCUUUUUUGCCUCAAAUUUGCAUUUCUGAGGAUACUUCUAAUUUUAGAUAUACACAUAAAGGUGGGACCUCAUCAGCUAUACGUGUGGCACGUGUCGUUUUGGAGACAGUGAGGCUUAAUUAUACUAAUGUUAGAUGGUUUGUGUUUGGUGAUGAUGAUACAAUUUUCUUCCCAGAAAAUUUGGUUAUGACACUUUCUAAGUAUGAUCAUGGAUUUUGGUAUUACAUUGGGACAAAUUCAGAAAGUUUUAUGCAGAACAAGUUUUUUUCUUAUGAAAUGGCUUUUGGUGGAGCUGGUUUUGCUAUAAGUUAUCCAUUGGCUAAAGUUUUGGCUAAAGUUUUUGAUUCUUGUAUAGAAAGAUACCCUCAUUUGUAUGGAAGUGAUGGGAGAAUUCAUGCUUGUUUGUCUGAGCUUGGUGUUGGAUUAACUCGUGAGCCCGGAUUUCAUCAGAUGGAUUUUCAUAAAAAUGUGUUUGGAAUGUUGGCUGCACAUCCCAUUAGGCCAUUGGUAUCUAUGCAUCAUAUGGAAGAAAUUGAUCCUAUAUUCCCAAAUAUGACAACAGUGAAGGCUCUGGAGCAUUUGUACAAUGCUGCAAGCUUCGAUCCACAUCGAAUUUUGCAGCAAACAGUUUGCUAUGAUAGUUGGUUUUCUUGGACUGUGUCAGUGUCUUGGGGAUAUGCUGUUCAAGUGUUUGAUAAGCAUGUGCUUUUACCAAAUGUUCAGCGAGUACAAGAGAGCUACGCUCCCUGGAAAAGCAGUCAUUUAGGUGGAUUAUACGACUUUGAUACAAAGAAAUAUGAACCUGAUCCAUGCCGAAGACAGCUUGUUUUUUUCUUGGACAAAGUUUCUUCAGGCAUCAAUGGAACUGAGACUAUUUACAAGAAGAAAACAUUUGAGAAAUGCAAAUUCGACAGGAGUUCACCUAGAAGACUCAAAAAAAUCAGAGUGUUAUCAAACAAGUUAGUCCUUAACAAACAACAGUUGCUUACUCCAAGAAGGCAUUGUUGUGAUGUAUUACCUUCUACAUCGAGCAACGUUAUGGAAAUAGCGAUAAGAGAAUGCAAGGAAGAUGAACUAAUUCACAUGCAGCAUUAGUACAAUAUAUUCCUGAGACAUUCAGCAACCAUUUGAUGGUCUCCCCACCAAUUGCCUGAUCUGAUCGCGCUCUAUUCUCAUGAAAUUUUGGAUCUGAAAAAGCCAUUGCUCCGGAGAAAAAAAGAAGAUUUGACAGUAGCAAGAUGCCAACAGUUUGUUCAUGGCAGAGUUGUUUGUUUUCUGAGCAUUUAAGUUCAAUGAUUGAAGAGAAUUCGAAGCCAGACAUAGUCAGGGAAAGUUUUUCUCUUUGGGAAAUCAGUUUUGUAUAUGUGUUUACUUGGAUUAGAUGUAUAUCAUAGGAAACUUUGGCACAUAAACAAAUUAGGAAACAUGUAAGAAAACCUUCGUUACUUGUGAGAUAACCAGAAAAAA